AUGGCGUUGCAAACAGUUCUUCUCAGUGGUUUUGCCGCGCUCGUUGGUCUUGCUUGCGGAGCUGCGGGUGCACGUUCGCUUCUGCGAAAACGGGCCGAGGCCCGCCCACCUUGCCAAAGAGCGGCCGGAGCCUGCUCAGCAUUGGCUUUGGUACUCGUCGGCGUCCUUGGAUUGCUAUGGUGUUUUAUUUCGCCUCCGCCAUUUUCGGUAGAGAUCGUGGAGGCACCAAGCUUUCGACGCAACGAUCCGGCUUUGUCUGUGUACCUGGGUAAUGGUUGCUUCUGGCACACCCAGUAUGAUGCAUUCUUGGUGGAGCAAGAUGCCGCUGGUCCAUUUAGGGGCCGGAACAUGAGCCAGAUCACAAGCCUCGUUGGUUUUGCCGGGGGCCGUUACCAAAGUGCCGGUGGUGCUGUUUGUUAUGGUGGUCUCCCGGCCACGGACUACAGUCGACUAGGCCAUGCAGAGGCAGUUUCAAUUAUGCUGGACGAGAUCACUGGGCCCGUCGCCAGGAGUCAGGUGUCAGCUUUGGCACAGAUGUACUUCGAACAUGGCUUUCAAUCGCUCCCAGAUGGUCGAAGGCAGCGGCUAGAUCCUCAAGAUGUGGGGGCUUCGUACCGAAAUGUGAUUGGACUACCCGGCGGGAUGGACAACUCCGAACUGUGGCCUUUGUUUGAGGAAGCCAACACAUAUGGAAUGCCGCUUCUUCGAGGAGCAGUCGGUGACUCUGAAGGCGAAUACGUCGUCUAUGUGUACGACUCCAUGCAGUACCCGUUCUUCCGCGGUGAAGCACACCAUCAGUUUCAUCCCAACAACGUCAUACAAAGACCAGUUCCGUUGUCCUACACAUCGACAUUGAAGAGCGUACAGGAGGAGAUGGGAAGACUGGAGGAAUCCGACAG